AUGCAAACCACUGAAACCUUUGCGGAGACCAGCCCUCGGAGAUAUCCAUAUUUCCAAAACAAACCCCGACAUUAUUCUCCUCCAGGUCCUUCUACCACAAACAGGGAGACAGCCAUGGCGGAAGAACAGUCGAAGGGCGCGAAGAAGCGAACGGUGGAUUCGUUAGGAUGGCUGACGGAAUCCUCCAUCAUGCCCCGCAAGCAACGCGCCAUCGAAGGCGUCGGAGCUUCUUCUAUCCUCGAGCUCAAGGCCCAGCUCUACAGGUCCCAGGAGGAGUCCAAGCGCAACCCCAAGGAGCACGUAAACGCCGCCGAUCACAACCACGUCCAUCAUCUGGAGGUCCAGCGCGCCAAGAAGAAGAUCGCCGCACACGAUUCCUUCUCCGCCAAGAACUCCGGCGUCGAUUCCCGUGCCGCUAAGGACAAGCUUGAGCUAAAAGCUGUUCGGGAUGGAUCAGCAAGCUAUGCAGCAUUGGAGAGAAAAGCAGAAUUAUAUGAUAAACUGGUGAGAGGAGAAUUGUCUGAUGAAGAAGAUCAGGAGAAGUACUGUGUUGACUUUUUCAGGAAGGGUCUAGAGCAGAACAAAUCUCACGUGCCUCAAGAAGCUGAUGCCUUUACACCACAAUCCCAAGACAUAGAUAAGGAAAAUGAUUUAUUGAUAAACAGUACAAAAGCUGCAGGUCUUGGGCGAGCAUCGGCUACGAUGGACAGAAGUCAACAUAAGCAUUUUGUAAUGGAGGUUCAUGAAGAAGCAAAUCAUGCUCGGGAAAAAGUGUCUGAGCUCAAAAUGCGCAGACAAGAGCAAGCUGCUGCUCGGAGAGAAAAAUUGAAGCAGGCUUACCUCCGAAAGCAACUUGAGAAGUUGAAGGCAACUAAAGCUGAGCAGACCUGA